AUGGUAUGUGUAGUUUUGGGUGCUAAUCCUCCUUUAACUGUGUUUGAAGGAUUCAUUAAUUGCAUAUGGGGUAAAUUGGGUAUUGAGAGAAUUGCUCGUAUGAAUGGGGGUUAUACUCUAGUCAAAUUUAGGGAUGAAGCUACUAGAGAUAAGGUUUUGGAAGCAGGUGUGGUACACUUUGACAGAAAACCUGUUUUGCUGAGGCCUUGGUCGACCGAAUUAGAUAAGCUGAGGAUGGUGAAAUCAGUUCCGGUCUGGGUUCAUCUGCCAAAUUUGGGUCUCCAGUAUUGGGGCCUUAAAACUCUGAGUGAACUUGUUAGCACUAUAGGUAAGCCUAUGAUGAUGGAUAAGGUAACCAAGGACAAGUCAAUGGUGAAAUUUGCUAGAGUCCUAGUGGAUGUUGAAAUUUCUGAUCGUAUCCCUCAUUGUAUAAAUUUUAUUAAUGAGCAUGGUCGAUUGAUGGAACAUGCCAUAGAAUUUGAAUGGUUGCCCACCCGUUGCUCAUGUUGUAAGAGUUUAGGUCAUGUUGCUUCUAGUUGUAAAUAUGCUCAGGAGGUUCAUUGGAAGCCAAAGCAGAAGGUCACUAAGUCUGAUAAAGGGGAUCCUGGAGUAUCUGCUGAUUUGAAUGAGCUAGUUCUCGAGGAUAGGUCAAGGGAUCCUCACCUAUUAAUAGCUGAAAAGGAGGUUCAGAAGAAUGGCAAGAAUGAUCAGGUGGCUGUUACAGGAGAGUCGAAGGCAGGAAAGACAUUAGCAAAGGAUACCAGUUGUUCAUCGAAUGGGCAGGAGAUAUUAUGGUCUACCCCUAAGAAAGUGGGAGGUGUCAAGCAAAAUAUUGCUGAAAAUUUGACAGUGAGGGCUAAUAAAUUUAGUAUUUUGCAGGAGAACAAGGAAGUGGUUUCAAAGCGGAGUUUACAAGAAAUUCAUAAAUCUAAUGGAGGGGUGUAA